ACUCAACUUGGUGCUGUUCCCUCCCGCCUCUCCGAGGCUCCGAAGCGUGGCGGGAGCCGGACGGAUUUGGAGCUCUCCUCCCGGCUGACCUUGGCCCUCCUCCUCCUGGCUGGACGCCACCCCAGGCCCAGGCCCCCCGACAUGUCUGUGGAUUUCAGCGGCACCUGGAAUAUGAUCAGCAACGACAACUUCGAAGGCUACAUGCUGGCUCUAGGUAUUGACUUUGCAACUCGGAAGAUCGCAAAGCUGCUGAAGCCACAGAAAGUGAUCGAACAGAAUGGUGACUCUUUCACCAUCCACACUUUCAGCAGUUUUCGAAACUACCUCGUCCAGUUCAAAGUUGGAGAGGAAUUUGAUGAAGAUACUAAGGGCCUGGAUAACAGAAAAUGCAAGAGUUUAGUUACGUGGGACAGUGACAAACUUGUGUGCGUCCAGAAGGGUGAGAAGAAGAACAGAGGCUGGACUCACUGGAUCGAAGAGGACAUUCUUCAUCUGGAAAUGUGCUGCGAAGGUCAAGUGUGCAAACAGACGUUCCGCAGAGCCUGAGAGGCCCGGCCGCCGAGUCUGAAAGUGCCUGCCCCACACAGAACGCUCUCUAUCAUUGAACGCGCCAGCCCUCUUUCCAGGAGAUUUGACUGAAACCCAGGAACAGAGGUCUCUAAUCCAAGUGAACGCUUUAUAUGAUUACGAUUUGGUUAAAUAACUUGUUUGUCCGGGUAUGAUACCACUGCCUCCGAAGACCAAAAUAUUUGUAAUAAAAAAACAGUAUUGUACCGAUGAGUUUAAUAAACUUAUUA